GAUUUGGAAAUGCUGUGAACCGGAUGAGGAAUUCCAGCUAAAGAAUUCUAAAAGAGGCGGCUAGCUAGAGGAGAGGAGUCUCCUCCUCGUCGUCUCGUCGGGCCGCCCGUCGCCUUUACCGACAAAUCACGCGACCUGACCGCGUGCCCCCCAAAUCCCAAAUCUCGCCUUCCCCUCCCCCCUCAGAUCGCACCAACCGCCCCCGAUGGCCGGCGCCGCCGCCCCGCCGCUCGCCGCGGCGCUCCUGGCCGUCCUCGCGCUGCUGGCGGUCCCGGCGGCGGCCGAGAUCCGCUCGACGGCGAUCCGCGGCGACCCGCGCACCAUCAUCCCGCUCGACGAGUUCGGCUUCUCCCGCCACGGCGUGCUCGAGCUCAACGUCUCCGGCAUCGCCUUCGACCCGCCGGCCUCCCAGGACCUCGACCUCUCCCAGUUCGGCUUCUUCCUCUCCACCCUCGACGCCUGGGUCCACGUCCUCCGCCAGCUCCAGGACCUCGAGGUCACCUGCGCGCUCCAGUCCGACCUCGUCAAGCUCGCCUACUCCUUCGACCGCCUCCGCCCGCCCGCCAACCCCGCCGGCGUCGAGGUCGCCCGCUCCUCCUCCUUCACCCACGUCUUCCGCGUCUCCGACCCCGGCCAGUACACGCUCGUCUUCGCCAACUGCCUCACCGGCGGCGGCGACCUCAAGCUCUCCAUGGACGUCAGCUCCGCCAUGUACAACGUCGACCCGCUCACCAGAGACCGGACCUACCUCUCCGUCGGCUCCUCCGCGCUGCCCUCCAUCUACUUCCUCUUCUGCGUCGUCUACGCCGCCCUCGCCGCCGCCUGGGUCUCCAUCCUGCUGCGCAAGCGCACCGCCGUCUUCCGGAUCCACUACUUCAUGCUCGCCGUGCUCGUGCUCAAGGGCUUCAACCUCCUCGCCGAGGCCGAGGACAAGUCCUACAUCGAGCGCACCGGCACCGCCCACGGCUGGGAUGUGCUCUUCUACAUCUUCAGCUUCCUCAAGGGGAUCUCGCUCUUCACGCUCAUCGUGCUCAUCGGCACUGGCUGGUCCUUCCUCAAACCUUACCUGGCGGACCGUGAGAAGAAGGUGCUCAUGGUGGUCAUCCCGCUGCAGGUAGUGGCCAACAUUGCGCAGGUGGUCAUCGAUGAAUCUGGCCCGUAUGCCAGAGACUGGGUCACCUGGAGGCAGAUAUUCCUGCUGGUCGAUGUGGUCUGCUGCUGCGCCAUUCUCUUCCCGAUUGUCUGGUCAAUCAAGAACCUCCGGGAGGCUGCCCGCUCCGACGGGAAAGCGGCCGUGAACCUGAUGAAGCUCACCCUCUUCCGCCAGUACUACGUGGUUGUCAUCUGCUACAUUUACUUCACACGUGUUGUGGUCUACGCCUUGGUGACCAUCACCUCGUACCGGUACCUCUGGACUAGCGUCGUGGCUGGAGAGAUUGCCACCCUUGCAUUCUAUGUAUUCACUGGCUACAGGUUCCGGCCUGAGGUGCAUAACCCAUACUUUGCGAUUGAUGAUGACGAAGAGGAGGCUGCAGCUGAAGCACUCAAGUUGGAUGAUGAAUUUGAGCUAUGAGUACCAAGAUUUGGCGGCCUUUUCCCUGCCAGUGCUACACAGGUGUUAUAUUGUGCUUCCACAGGAAAAAUGCUUUUCACAAGACAAUUGCGAUAGACUGGUAUCUAGCCCAUACCCUUUUGAUUUUUGUUUAAAGUUAGCUUACAUUCUGUGUUACUGUAAUUUGGUAUCAACCACCCUGUGUGUGUGUGUGCGUGUGUCAAGCAAUGCAGCAGCUUGAUUGUACUUAAAUACAUUCCUAAGAUGAGCUGUUCUUCAUUGUAUCUCUGUAGCUAUUGUUGUAUCUAGAUGUUUACUUUCUGUCUGGUAAAAGAAGUUGACUGUGAUUCAGUUUGUUGAUUCAUAUGAUGUUAAUUGUUGCUCUGA